AGGCUGAGAAAAAAACAUAGGCAAGAAAGAUUUGUAUAUGAUUGUAAUUAUUUGUAAUUGAAUUUGUAAUAGUUGGAAGAUUAGUUUUGUUGAGUUUAUUACUCAAAACCUAUUAAAACCCCUGGGUUAUUAUUACUUGAUUGAAAUCCUGGAUUUUUCCGAACCCUGAGACAAAGUUUCAUGAAAAUUUGCAUGCAAGCACCCGUCACAAAUUCAUGACGCGUAGAGCAGAAGAAUAAAAUGAGACACAAGUUGCCGGGGAGAAAGUGACAAUAAAAUAAAACACAUGUUAUUACAUAUUUUCCUUCACAGUUCACAGUUUUGAUUUUAUGUAAAAGUAUUAAUAAAAAGUGUUCAAUAUUAAAAAAAAAUAUAUUAGUAUUAAUUCCUCUCGAAGCAGAGGUAAUGUACUUAAUGCAGAAGUAAUUAGUGCUAAAAUAUAUAUAGGUAGAGUGGGCAGACUUCACUAUUUACGUAUGCAUGUAAUCGAAGAGAUUAAAUUACGGCAAAAAUAUUUGAGGCUUCCAUUCUUCUAAAAUUUGACCAAGACAAGAAUGAAAAAUGGACGAAAAAUUGUGUCGAGUCGAUCUCCUGCCUUUUCCAAAUUCCGGACGACGACCACACCCUCCCCGGAAUCUUAUCAAAUGCUCACUACUGCGAUAAGUGUCGUCAACUCGUUCGCGACGUGGAUUUCACGAUGCGCCUCUUCGCCCAACUUUUGCAGCGCUUGGAGGCCGUGCAAAAUCAAAUUUUGGAUAAGUUGUCCCACAAAAAAGAUGAAGAUAAGAUUACUCAAGAUUCUAAGAAUCUAAUGACAGAUUGUGAGGCAUAGUAACCAUGACAACAUGAAAAAGUGCAUGGUUACGGCGAAGCCUAAGAAUGCAAACAGACCCCCCCUCCCAAAGUUCCACUCAAGUUUGUGACAAAACGGCUAAUCCUAUCAAAAUGGUGUAAAAGACAAUCGUGCAGACCUUGCUGGGUAGAUGAUGCCCGUCAGUAUUUCGCCAAGGAAGUGCAACCAUAAACUUGGGAAUCGAGCAGCUCAAAAGGGUCUUGAAUUUGGAAAGAUUGACGACCAAACGUGACAAUAAACUAGAGUCGUCGCAUUAUUCCGAGAUCCAGAAACGUGGCACGCGUGGCGUUAAGAGAAAAAUUCAUUACGCGAACGACCAUGAAAGUGAAAUCAUGGUGAAAGUGGAAACCGAGUUUGCUGAGGGACCAGGCAAGUUUAACGAGCAAGAUCAAGUUUGGUUAAUGGACGAGGACGACCAUAAUUCAUCUCGGGACGAUUUGUCUGACCGUGAAAUUUCUCACCAUGAUUCCAAGGACCCCGUCCCCUUCCAUUGCGACAAAUGCCCCAAGAAAUUCGCCGUCUAUAAAACUUUCACCCGGCACAAAGCCCGUCUCUGCGGCACGCUCCCGUCCCCCCGCAGAAAGGUCGUGAAUUUGACGACUAAUAAACGUGACAAUAAAUUAGAGUCGCCAAGUCAUUUUGACGUCGAGAAACGUAAUUUUACACGUGGCGUCAGGAGAAAAAUCAAUUAUGCGGACGAGACUGAAGGGGAAAUCAAGGUAACCACGGAGACGGAUGACCACGUGGAGGAGCCAGACCAAGACUGGUUAAUGGACCAGGAUGACGAUAAUUCAUCUCGUGAUGACCGUGAUUCCAGUAACGAUGACGAACAAGAAGAGGGAGAAAGUGCAGGAAAAAUAAAACCUUCUCGAAUCACACGACGAGGACCACCACUUGCAAAAAUGGAUUUUAAAUGUCCCCAAUGCAGCGUUCGAUUCGCGUCACAGCUCGCGUUGGACUGCCAUCACCGUAAAAUUCAUGAAGGUGUUACCUCAAUUUUUAUCAAUUUAAACCAUGGCUCCGGAGGAGAGGAUCCCGUUCCCUUUCACUGUGACAAAUGCCCCAAGAAAUUCGCCGUUUACAAGACCUUCUCACGUCACAAAGCCCGACUCUGCGACACGCUCCCGUCCCCACGGUCAUCAUCAUCAUCUCAUCCCCCCGGAGGAGCUUCCUUCCUGUGCGAAUUCUGCUCAAAGAAAUAUACAUCUGCCACCUCCUUGGAAAACCAUGUGGCCUCCUCCCACUCACAAAAACAUUGCGAAUUAUGCCAUUUCGGCUUUUCUACCGUCCAAGAGCUUCAAAUUCAUGAACAACUCCACCUCAAUUCUGACCAACCCUUCAAAUGCGUCCUUUGUUCCGACGUAAUCCUCACAAAUUCGUCCAACCUGAAAAAACACGUGCUUUCUUCCCACACCGAUACCCAAAUUACCUGUCCCACGUGCGGAAUCAGGCUAAAUGCUCUUAAAGCGAUGAAGCGCCAUGAAAAAAUCCACCAACCCGGCUUCGUCGGAUAUCCUUGCAAAAUUUGUGGAUACACCUUCAAUAAUGCGGCAGCCUUGAAAUUCCACUCGUUCAAACACUCAGAAACGAAACAGUUCACGUGCGAAAUUUGUGGGAAGGGGUUCACUUAUCAGACCAGUUUGAAAAUCCAUUUAGCCAGUCACAGCGAGCAGGCGAGAUUUUCAUGCAAAAUUUGUGGAAAAGGAUUUUCCUACAAACCUUUUCUCAUGCGGCAUGAAGAAAUCCAUUCGGGCACAAUUAAUUACGAAUGUUCCACCUGUGGGAAAAAAUUCAAGACGAAGAACAGUUUAAAACAACAUGUCGCGACGCAUGGGCCCAAAAAUCGGGAUAAAAAACCAAGAAAUAAAAAAAUUCAGAGAAAUCAAGGUGAAGAUGACGAUCAAGAUGGAAAUGCCAUCGCGACAGAUAUGCGACAAAUAAUUUACAUGUAACCCGAGGCUGCGGUAGCGUGGGGACAUGUUACCCACAACAUUACUCCACGUCAUACAUACAUGGGGUCAAAUUUAUUGCGCCCAAGAAAAUAAUAUUUUGUUCCAAAGAAAAUUAAUUAUUUUGUUAUUUUGUUAUUGUUGUUUUGUUAAUAAUUAAUAAGUUUAUACAUAUAUGUAUAAACCCCUCCCGGUACGAGUCCUUACAUGAACAUUAAACUUUAUGCACUUCUGAAUAUGUAAUUUGUUUGUCUUCCAGUACGUUAAAAUUUUAAUCGUCUCAAAGAUAAAACAAGUAUAAAUAGGGUAGGAAAUUUCAAUUUAUAAACAUUUUUUAUGUGCAUAUUUUCGAAUUUCGUAAGUACAUGCAUAGUAUGCAUUGCAUAGGUAGGUAUUAAAUGUAUUGAUUACUUACAGUAAAUAUGUAUGUCCCAUACAUAAUCUCUCUA